AUUUCAGAAAGCUAAUCCUAAAGCGCGACAUUGUCGAGCCUAGAGACACACGCUUCGCAGACAUUGGACCUUGCGACGCAGCAGCAACGCGACCUGAGCAUGGCCAGGUCGGCGGUCGAGUUAUUGAACAACAGGAUUGAUGCGAUUGAGUGUUUGAUGGCAGCUGUGAAGCAGGACCAAUCCACCCAGAUGACCAACUUCGCAUCCUUACUUGUGAGCGGUUCAAGAACAUUGGACGUCGUUGAGAGCCAGAGUUCUUCCCUCGAACAGAUGACGGCCUCGAUCGAUGCUGUCAGCACGACCAUGGCAUCUAUGCAAAGAUUACUGUCGUUGCAAAACGAGCAAGAGAUGAUCAAGCUGAGGGAGCUGGAUCAGAGGCCACCUCUAUCCACUGGGCAAAGCAAAGGGCAAUCUUGCGCAGACUCGCUCGCCCUGGUCUUCCAAGGGACGCGCGAGGCCUCAAUCGGCAUGUGCAACCUCCUGACUGGCUUCGCCAAAAUCCUCCUAGAGUCCCUGUCUCAGCUGCUCUCCUUCCUCCCAUACAUUUUCGCCUACCUCCGCUUCAUGCAGGCUAUUCCCGUCGCCGUGUCUUUCAUCAUGUCGGAUAACAUCCACCUAACCGACGUCUUGGGAACGAAGCAUUCACUUCCGUUUCAAAAUAUCAGGAACUGGGCAGUAUUUAAGAGGAUGCUGGAAACCCGCUUCCGCGAUCGUCCCGGAAGCGACAAAGUCGCAUCUGGCUAUUUCAGAAUCCUCAACGCCAGGGCACAAAGCAAGAUCCUGGAUGAGGAGAAUUGGGCAGAGUCGAUCGAGCCUGGAAUGCACCUCGUCAUGUCGAUUGAGAUUGUUAAGCUGCGUCGUCAAGUACAGCGUGGGAGCUGCUUGCGUCAUUCUUGUCUGGGUAUCUUGCGGACAACCAGGGGCUUGGGGCUCGAAUGCUCGGCGUGUGGACUGCACUGCUACGAAGAAGAUAUUCCGCGAAGACGACGGAGCGAGGCCGUGGUUUACGGCCCCCAAGACUUCAGAGCUGAGGUCGCGAAGACGAGGAGGAUUCUUUGGGAGAUGGAGAAACGAAAGAAGACGCAGCAGAGAUCGCAAAAUGGAGGGAGGAGGUCCAAGCAUGCGGUUUACACGGAUGGAAUGAUACUGCGAGAGCUUCAGCAGUGCGUUGCACUAAGCAAGGAGCGUGCAAAUCGCAGAAAAGAAGAAGGAUGGAUGAUGGAAAGCCAUGCGGUAGCAGACCUUCGCAAGGAAAUCGCAGAGGCGAAGGAGCACGAGGAGAGAGAAGCGCGUGAAAGAGAAGAACUCGAGCUCCGGCUAUUUCUCCGCGUCCACAUACGCCCUGCGGUCUUCGAAGCAGCCAGUACCGGUCCUCAACCAGACGAUACAGUCACGGACGUCAAAUGCAUCAUGCCUGCGCCGCAGCCGAUGAAGUGGAAGGUUGCAAGGCGCCGUACACUAGUCGAUAUGGUCAUUGAGGAAAACAGUGCCUGGGCGACAACUUGCAUGGCCAGCGCUGUAAGCAAUGGCGUAGAAAUUGAUGCCAUAGACCCACUAUAUGGCACAGCCCUUCAAGCCGCAGCAUCGAUCGGUUGCUUGGUAAAGUCCUCCUUCCUCCUCGAGCACGGCGCGGAUCCACUCAAAGAGUCCCCGGCCUGGCGAAGCGCCGUCCACGCAGCAGCAAUGCACAACCACGGUGCCGUGCUUGGACUGCUCCUCAAGAGCUGCCACCGCGCUAUCCGAGCAAUGGGUCCGCAAGGCCUAGAAAAAGCUUUGCUAUUCCGAGAUACGUGCGAUGCAGCCUUGCGAGCGGCGACUCUAAGAGGUGCGAAUGCGGCAGUCCUGUCGUUGCUGAACUUCACGGAUCGUGUUCACGUUGGCACUGCUAUCUGCUCGGGGGACGAGUCCACGAUGAAGAUCAUCAUGGGCGAAGCGUUGCAAGCCGGCGAGGUCACUAUGAACAACUGCGUGCAGAUCCUGCGGAAUGGCGCUGCUACGGGUGAUCAGCUGUCUUUCGGACCGGACGAGAAGGGCUUUGUAUAUCGGAGAAUGGAGCUCAGAUUGUGAUGGAUAGGACCUCCACAUACAUGUUAAUAUAGCAGGCAGGCAUGUAAAACAGCAGCAUGUUUAUUACCUACAUAGGCAUAGUGCGGCGA